AUGACAACAUUAGAGAACACAACAACUGCUAUCGUUCAUGAAGCCAUAAAUGAAGAAUACGAGUACAUACAGUAUAACAAACAGUUACGUCUCAUUCGUUCAGUCAAAGAUGACAUGUACCAAAUGCAAAGUAUAAUGAAUGCUCUUCGUUCUACAAAGCAAGCAUAUCAUUGGUUUGAAAACCAACAGACAAAAGAACUUUUAGAAGAAUUUCCUCAUAUGCUUGCUUCCCUCGGAAAACCGAGAGAAGAGAUUCCGUAUGAAAAUCGCAAGAAUUUGGCUCCUGGUUUGAAAGGUUAUUAUGUUCAUAGACUUUUAGUAAAUGCUGUAGCAAUGUGGGCUUCACCUCGUUAUGCUUGUUAUAUUUUCAUGAUGUUAGAUGAACUUCACAGACAAGAACGUGAAGAGAUGGAAAAGAAACUUCAUGCAAAAGAUGAAGUCAUUGAAGCAAAAGACAAAAGCAUACAGAAAAGAAUACCACGUUCGGUACCAAAAGGAAAGGAAAAGAGUUAUAAGUAUAUGAUAUAUACUGAAGAGUUGGAGAAAGAAGAAGAUAAAGAUAUGGUUAUGUUGCAUUUAGUCAGAAGAAACAACAAGAGCUUUUACGACUUAGCUAAGAUUUACAAAUCUGACAGAAACUG